GUCUUGGUUUUAAUUAGAAAAAAACGUUUCAAAGUCGGUACACGAGCGUCCCAAACUUCAAGAACGUAGUCUAUGCGCAAUCCAUCUGAAGCGAAUCCGAAGCCUGUGCAUCCCGUCGUUUGUAGGAAACUCGAUAAUCGCUCCUGUCAGUGAAUGUAACUUAAGUGUGGCAGCUUGAAAGUCUUGAUGCAUAUUCGUAGUCGUAUUCUUGUUCGAACGGUCUUCUGCUGCUGAAGUAAUGGAGAGAGAAGAGAAGGCUUUGGAUGUGGCCCUCGAUGCCAUGAUCAGCCGCACGCAGGACUUGAAGAAUUCCAUUGCUAGCUUCAUCAUAAAGCUUGAAACCGAGUACGAAACACUGCAAUGGCCAUCCGUUCUGAACAGUUUUGCCCUGUUGUCUGGGCAACUGAACACCCUCAUGAAGGUGCUGCGAAACGAGAAGACCCCGCCACUCAGGAAUAGGAUCCUGCUGCCUCUCUUUCUGAACCCUGAGCGGGAUGAAGAGCUCGCUAAGCUGACUGAGAACCGAAUUCAGUGUUUCAACCAUGAAGUGGUGCCCGACUAUCUGCGCACCAAGCCAGAUCCAGAAAUCGAGGCCGCCGAGCUCCAGAUCAACACCAAGGCCAGCCAGAUGUCCAUGGAUGCUGCCCAGAAACAAAUAGCAUCACUCAACAAAAUUGUGAACACCAUUGAAACACUGCUGAAAACUACGCGUGAAGACUGGGAGAGCACAUCAGGUCAGCGAAGUGCUCUGGCUCAGACGUCGUCUUUGGCCGACACCAAUGCCCUGAUUGGUGCCCUGAGCACGGGUAAGGGCCUACGGCCAAGCCUGGGCUCACCAAAGAGCCAGUCUCCGUUGCCUACAGCCCAGUCCAGGGGAGCAAAGGCCUUCUCCAUGCACCCUGCGGGCAAGAUGCCAAGUUCCAUCAAGACUAACAUCAAGUCUGCGGGUGCUUCUCAUCCCUAUGGCCGAUAAUUAAUAAAGCAGCUUUCAGGUUCAAAGACAUA